CACCCCCGCGCCGUCGCCAUGGCCUCGGGCAGCCGCGCCACGCCCACGCCUACGCGCUCCCCGUCCUCCGCGCGUCCCGCUCCGCCGCACCAACACCACACGCAGUCCUCGGGCGGGAGCACGUCCCGCGCCGGAGGGGGAGGGGGCGGAGGAGGAGGGGGAGGCGCGGCCGGGAGCGCUGCCGCCACGGAGUCCGUCUCCAAGGCCGUGGCGCAGUACACCCUCGACGCCGGCCUCCACGCCGUGUUCGAGCAGUCGGGCGCGUCGGGGCGCAGCUUCGACUACUCCCAGUCGCUGCUCGCGCCGCCCACUCCCUCCUCCGAGCAGCAGAUCGCCGCCUACCUCUCCCGCAUCCAGCGCGGCGGCCACAUCCAGCCCUUCGGCUGCACGCUCGCCGUCGCCGACGACUCCUCCUUCCGCCUCCUCGCCUACUCCGAGAACGCCGCCGACCUGCUCGACCUGUCGCCCCACCACUCCGUCCCGUCGCUCGACUCCUCCGCCGCGCCCUCCCCCGUCUCCCUCGGCUCCGACGCGCGCCUCCUCUUCAUCCCCUCCUCCGGCGUCCUCCUCGAGCGCGCCUUCGCCGCCCGCGAGAUCUCGCUGCUCAACCCGCUCUGGAUCCACGCCAGGGUCACCAACAGGCCCUUCUACGCCAUCCUCCACCGCAUCGACGUCGGCGUCGUCAUCGACCUCGAGCCCGCCCGCACCGAGGACCCCGCUGUCUCCAUAGCUGGCGCCGUCCAGUCCCAGAAGCUCGCCGUCCGCGCCAUCUCCCGCCUCCAGGCGCUCCCUGGCGGGGACGUCAGGCUCCUCUGCGACACCGUGGUCGAGCACGUCCGCGAGCUCACCGGCUAUGACCGCGUCAUGGUCUACAAAUUCCACGAUGACGAGCACGGGGAAGUCCUCGCCGAGAGCCGCCGUGCCGACCUCGAGCCGUACCUCGGUUUGCAUUAUCCUGCCACUGACAUCCCGCAGGCAUCGCGCUUUCUCUUCAGGCAAAACCGCGUGCGGAUGAUUGCUGAUUGCCACGCAGCUCCGGUGAGGGUCAUCCAGGACCCUGCAAUGCCGCAGCCACUCUGCUUGGUUGGCUCCACUCUGCGCUCCCCGCACGGGUGCCAUGCGCAGUACAUGGCAAACAUGGGGUCCAUUGCAUCCCUCGUCAUGGCAGUGAUCAUCAGUAGUGGCGGCGAGGAUGAGCACAACAUGGGGCGGGGCGCUGUGCCGUCGGCGAUGAAGCUGUGGGGGUUGGUCGUGUGCCACCACACAUCUCCGAGGUGCAUCCCUUUCCCGCUGCGGUAUGCAUGCGAGUUCCUCAUGCAGGCCUUUGGCCUGCAGCUCAACAUGGAGCUGCAGCUUGCACAUCAAAUGUCAGAGAAACACAUUCUUAGAACACAGACGCUGCUGUGUGACAUGCUACUCAGGGAUUCACCAACUGGAAUUGUCACACAGAGCCCAAGCACAAUGGACCUUGUCAAGUGUGAUGGUGCUGCGCUCUACUACCACGGGAAGUACUACCCACUUGGUAUCACUCCAACGGAAGCUCAGAUUAAGGACAUCAUCAAGUGGUUGACAGUUUGCCACGGAGACUCGACAGGGCUCAGCACAGAUAGCCUGGCUGAUGCAGGAUACCCUGGUGCUACUGAAUUAGGGGAUGCAGUGUGCGGAAUGGCAGUAGCUUAUAUCACGCCGAGCGAUUAUUUGUUUUGGUUCCGGUCACACACGGCCAAGGAGAUAAAAUGGGGCGGUGCAAAGCAUCAUCCGGAGGAUAAGGAUGAUGGGCAGCGAAUGCACCCACGGUCAUCAUUCAAGGCAUUCCUUGAAGUGGUGAAGAGUAGGAGCUUACCUUGGGAGAAUGCUGAGAUGGAUGCAAUACAUUCGCUGCAGCUCAUAUUGCGGGACUCCUUCAGAGAUGCAGGAGAGGGCACUAGUAACUCAAAAGCCAUUGUCAAUGGUCACGUCCAGCUUGGGGAACUAGAGUUGCGGGGAAUAGAUGAGCUGAGCUCGGUAGCAAGGGAGAUGGUUCGGUUGAUCGAGACGGCUACAGUACCCAUCUUUGCAGUUGAUACUGAUGGAUGUAUAAAUGGAUGGAAUGCAAAAGUUGCUGAGCUGACCGGCCUCACAGUUGAGGAAGCCAUGGGAAAAUCAUUAGUAAAAGAUCUUAUCUUUAGUGAAUCUGAGGAAAUAGUUGAGAAGCUACUCUCACAAGCUUUAAGAGGCGAGGAAGAAAAAAAUGUGGAGAUAAAGCUAAAGACAUUUGGGCCGGAGCAAUCUAAAGGACCGAUUUUUGUUAUUGUUAACGCCUGCUCUAGUAGGGAUUACACUAAAAAUAUUGUUGGGGUUUGUUUCGUUGGCCAAGAUAUCACAGGGCAAAAGGUGGUCAUGGAUAAAUUUGUCAACAUACAAGGGGAUUACAAGUCUAUUGUACACAACCCCAAUCCUCUAAUACCCCCGAUAUUUGCUUCAGAUGAGAAUAUUUGUUGCUCUGAAUGGAACACGGCAAUGGAAAAACUCACGGGCUGGUCAAAAGGAGAAGUUGUUGGUAAGCUUCUGGUUGGGGAGGUAUUUGGAAAUUGUUGCCGACUCAAGGGCCCAGAUGCAUUGACAAAGUUCAUGAUUGUCCUUCACAAUGCUAUAGGAGGGCAGGAUUCUGAGAAGCUCCCCUUUUCAUUUUUCGACAAGAAUGGCAAAUAUGUACAGGCCUUAUUGACUGCAAACACAAGGAACAAAAUAGAUGGUGAGACCAUAGGUGCCUUUUGCUUCUUGCAGAUUGCAAGCCCUGAGUUACAGCAAGCCUUUGAGAUUCAGAGACAACAAGAAAAGAAGUGCUAUGCCAGGAUGAAGGAGUUGGCUUACAUUUGCCAGGAGAUAAAAAACCCUCUCAGCGGUAUCCGAUUUACAAACUCCCUUUUAGAGAUGACUGAUUUAAAGGAUGACCAGAGGCAGUUUCUUGAAACUAGCACUGCUUGUGAAAAACAGAUGUCCAAGAUUGUAAAGGAUGCCAGCCUCCAAAGUAUUGAGGACGGCUCUUUAGUGCUGGACAAAGGUGAAUUUUCACUUGGAAAUGUUAUGAAUGCUGUUGUCAGCCAAGUGAUGAUAUUGCUGAGAGAAAGAGAUUUACAACUUAUUCGAGAUAUCCCUGAUGAAAUCAAAGAAGCCUCGGCAUAUGGUGACCAAUAUAGAAUCCAGCAAGUUUUGUCUGACUUUUUGCUAAGCAUGGUGCGGUUUGCUCCAGCUGAAAACGGCUGGGUAGAGAUACAAGUCAGACCAAACGUAAAACAGAAUUCUGAUGGAACAGAAACAAUGCUCUUCCUCUUCAGAUUUGCCUGUCCUGGUGAGGGCCUCCCCCCAGACAUUGUCCAAGACAUGUUCAGCAAGGCCCGCUGGACAACCCAAGAAGGCAUUGGGCUAAGCGUGUGCAGGAAAAUCCUCAAAUUGAUGGGUGGCGAUGUUCAGUACAUCAGGGAGUCAGAGCGGAGUUUCUUCCUCAUCGUGCUCGAGCUACCCCAGCCCCGCCGAUCAGAAAGUAGGGAUCGGAACUGAUAUGGCAAGCUCAAAGCUGACCUUGCCUAGCUGUUUGGUCAGCCAGUUGACCCGAGAUUCCCAGAUAGGAGGAGCCUAGUUCGUGAGAAGCCUACAAAACCAAAUGACUCUGGAUGAGGCACAUGGAGAGAGCCACAAAUGUGACUCCCGGCAACUCCUGGCUUGCCGACUGUAUGCUCGGUUAUUGUUCCAUUAGAGUUUUACGUUGGCAAGCAAUGAACACUGACGGUAACGUAGCUCGUAGCAUAGGCCCAUGACCACUUGUAUAAGGUACAUACUAUGUUCUUAGCUACUAUGUAUAUACAUGAGGAUAUCUCUCAUGUUGUGGAUAAGGAGAGCUGUGCAGCUCCCAUGAUUGUAUUCUGAUAA